AUGACUUCCCUGCAGUUACAGAUUUUCGGCAUACUAAUGUACUUUGUGUACACCAGCGAUACUCGCACCCCUAGUCGGCUUGGCAUUCAGGGACCUUGGGGCCUUGCUACAUACUCCUUACCGACUGCUCUUAUAUGCGGCAUCAUCUACACACUUGCCGCACUCAUUCCGACGUUUACCGGGAACAUCUGGGUGCUUGUGCAUCCUGGAAGGUGUGGUGUCAACACCGCCGUCAGGCUAGGAAAUAUGAGCCGUCAUAUCAUGCAAAGCCUCUUUCCAGUAGUAGUGCUGGUACUACGCAGGUUUAGCGAACAGUUUCAACCUGGGAUCAUAUUCCCUGCAUGCGGCUGGCCUCCUACAGUUGACGAUGGCGACGAUUCGCGCUCCAGCAGUCAGCUAUGCAGCUGCAUGGCUAGCGGGACUAUCACCACGAGCGUCGGGCAGGGGCUUGUGGGGGGGCCGGUAAGGCUGGACGAUGUGUGA